UGCUUAUCGUCUUCUUAACUUGACGUUGAUAACGGUUUGUUGAUAUUUGUAGCAGCUGGUUGAUUAUGAUGAUGCACUAAUCCCUCCUGUUUCCUAUUCUUACUUGACAACGAAUAUAUUUAGAUUACUACAAGUGUGUGUUUAAUGCAUGAGUCGCUCUGACUAUAUUUUUUUAAGUUACACCGCUUUCAUACCUGGUGCAACACCCAGCAUGUAUAAUAGGAUAUAAUUUUGGAAAAAAUCUUGCAAAAUGGAUGAAGAACCUGUUACAUGUAAUUUGAAUUGCAGUGACUGUGAGCAUCUAAAUGUCACAGAUAAUUUGCCACCCGAUGAAAUUGACGUCAAUUAUUCAUCUUGCAGAGAGUAUGAUGAUGAUGUUUUGAGUGAAGCAGAGAGAUUAAAGAGACUUGAAGAAGAACAAGAACAGCUGAACUCUUCACUUAUAGCAUUAACAACACAUUUCGCUCAAGUACAGUUUCGCCUUAAACAAAUAGUUGAUGCUUCUCAAGGUGAAAAAGAGAAUUUGUUAAAAGAAUUAGAAGAAUUUGCUUUCCGAGGUAUUCCAGACAUUAGAGAGUAUGAAAAUGGAUUAGAUUUAACUCAAAUAAUUAAUGAACAAACUCAAGAAGUUAAACUUGAACAACAAAGAACCAGGCAGAAAGAACUGAUUAAUAAAUUGAAAGAACAAUUAGAAGAUCUAGAACAUUAUGCUUAUGAAACAGGAGAAGCUGGAAUGCCACAAAGCAUGUUGCUUGAACGUCAAUCAGUUAUUAUUGAACAGCUAAAGGGAAAGCUUCUUCUCAAUUUGGAUGAGUUGGAUAAGCUUAGUCCAGAUGAGCUCCGGUCUCAGGUUGAUGCUGCUAUAAGAGAGCUUGUGAAUCCUGCAAAAAUGAAAGAGCAACUUGUGAGUCAACUAAAAACUCAAAUUUCUGAUUUGGAAAGAUUUAUUGAGUUCCUUCAAGGGGAAGUUGUAUCUAAUGGUCAGCCACGGUGCACUUGCAACUGCCCAGUUCAUGGAAAAAAUACCUAUGGCUAUUCGGAUUCUGAUACACAAAGUGAUAGUUAUUAUCCUGGUUCUGUGAAAAAUCCAAAAGAUAAUGGUAGUGUCUUCCGUAUUAUGCAAAGAGUUUUGACUUUGUUACAAGUUUUUACAAUAGCUCAAUUUGGGUGUGGAAGGCACAACUUUCAGAGGAACACAUUAAAAAAGUCAAAUAAAGUGAACCACUGGGGUGAUUUAAGAGCUCGAUUAGAAGUAGCUGUGAAUGAAGUAGAAAAAUGUGUUUCUGAGCAAGAACCACCUUGUGAGGAUAGUGAUUAUACAAGUGAUUCUGAGGAUACACCUGUUGUGCAGUGCAAUGAAAAAUUAACCACUGCUGUAAGAAAGGAUUUAGCAUGUGCUAUAAGAGAUUUGAUGCAACAUGGUCUCAUGCCAAUUGGGCAGAGCAACAGCUUAGUACCAUUUGGAUGUUUUGCCGUCCAGUCUUCAUCUGCUACUAAGAUGAUGCAUGCCUGGGAUCUUAUUCUAAAAUAUUAUGAAUUGAAAAAUGGUUAUCAGUACAAUGCUUCUCCAGCUCGAAAACUUUGCCAAAGCUUCAAUCUAGAAAUAGUUGGAGGAGUUGCUAUGACUCCUAAACAGUCACUUUUAAGUACCGUAGAUAAUAUUAUCAGUACCCAUACUCCGCUUAAACGUUCACCUGAUUCCCAUUUUAAAGCUUUUGUGUGUGCUGCACUCAAUGAUAAGCGUCUUGUUUCUUGGUUGAAACUCAUUUAUAAAACUCGGGUUUUAUUGGAACACUUUUAUCAGCCAUGGAGUUAUGCAUAUAAAACUGGUUUUGAAGAUGCUUUGAAAUCCCUGGAUAGGCUUACUCAUCUAGAUUUUGAUCUACCUGUAGAUUUAGCUGUUCGUCAGUUACAAAGUAUAAAAGAUGCAUUUUAAAUUAACUAAGUCUUUUAUCAAGGAAUUUUUAUAAAAGUUUAAAAAUUUUUAAUUAUUCCAGAGUUGGUAUCUGUUUAUUUAAUGCAAAUUUUUCUGUAGCAAAAAUGCUCAUAU